GAGCAGCCGGCAGCCAUUGUCGCCGCGGCCGCAGAGCGGUUCCCUCACGGCCCGCAGGACUCGCCGCUCCGCGACGGGCCUGCCUUUCCCUUAAUACCCACUGCUGGCCUGGUCGGUGUUUGUGUGGUAAGGGUGCGCCAGGGAAACCGUGUGUUGGAAGACUGGGCACUCCGCGAGGGAGCUAAACCAGCCCCCUGAACUGGAUUUCCGUGUGGGCAUCAAAAUGCACGUGUGAGCACAAAGGAGAGAAUGGCUACAAAGGGCAGCGUAGGCUCUUCCGAGGUUCGGGGAUGGCUGAGGCCAAUCCAACAUCAACCUUAAGAUGAGUGGCUGCCGUGUCUUUGUUGGACACUUGAGCUCACGUGCUCGUGAACGGGAUGUAGAGAAAUUCUUCAAAGGAUAUGGUCGCAUACGAGAAAUCCAUCUAAAAAAUGGAUUUGGGUUUGUGGAAUUUGAAGACCACAGGGAUGCUGAUGAUGCAAUUUAUGAACUAAAUGGUAAAGAGCUGUGUGAUGAAAGGGUCACAAUUGAACAUGCUCGAGCCCGAAGAGGAAGGGGAAGAUUCUCACAACGGUUCAGUUACUACCAGUCGCAGAGUGGAUCUAGCCGGUAUGGGCCUCCUGUUCGUACUGAACACAGGAUCAUUGUUGAAAACCUUUCAUCCCGUAUCAGCUGGCAGGACUUGAAAGAUGUCAUGAGAAAGGCAGGGGAAGUCACCUAUGUGGAUGCACACAGAAACAACAGGAAUGAAGGGGUUGUGGAGUUCGCAUCUUACAGUGACAUGAAGAGUGCACUGGAAAAACUGGAUGGCACUGAGCUGAAUGGACGCAGAAUUAAACUGACUGAAGACCACAGAAGGCAUAGAAGCAGAUCCCGAUCAAGGAGUUACUCAAGAUCUCGCAGCAGGUCCAGGUCUACAGGAUCUUCCAGGUCGGACAGCCGGUCCAGGUCAAGGUCCCGGUCCAGGUCCAGGUCCAGGUCUCGCUCUCGAUCCCGAUCUCGCUCUCGAUCCCGCUCUCGUUCUCGCAGUCGUACUCCUAAAAAGAGUUACUCCCACAAAAGCCACCGCUCCAGCUUGAUAGCUUCUUCCCCCUCUCCCUCUUCUUCUAAAAGAAAAUCUCGUUCUAGGUCGAGCUCUGCUCAUAGCCGUAGUUAACCUGCUCUGAGAGAUGUAUUAAUUAAUUUGAUUCAAGUUUCUUGAAGACUUGAGACAAGUUAUAUAUGAGAACUGGGAGGGGAAGAGUUAACAUGAUGAAAGGGUGACCUCCUCUUACAUUGCCAAAGUGCCUGUCAUCAAAUAGGCCAUCUCUGUGAGGAGGGGCUGGCUGUCAGCUUUCUUCUUUCAGUGAAGUCUGGAGUGGGAAGUCUUUUUUAUUUUUUUCCCUGCUAUUAGUGAACAUUUCUAUCAUAGAUAUAUUAUGUACACAUAAUGCUGAGGUAAUGGGAUGAGACAAUACGCUGCUUUCUCCCUCUCUUUCCCCUUCUUUCCCCUCCAUCUCCAAGGCCUUUGACUUCCAAAAUACUAUGUUAGCUUUUGUCCUUGGUAUUAAGUCUGAGAACAGGAAGUAUAGAUUUAAUUCCUUUAAGGUUCUGUGGCUACUUUUCUGUGCGAGAAUGAAUGGACCAGAUUAAAUUAGUUUAGAGUUCCCCUUUUUCCCUGUUGCUUGGCUUAACAGGCUGUUUUAAGUUCCAGCUUUACAUGACAUUGACAAUAUGCUUAAUUUGCAAAAGACUUUCAGGAAUACACAUUGGUUAGUUGAAUAUUGCUCACUUGGAUAAUGAAUUAAUACAAUGUUAAGCAGUAAUGAAAGCUGGAAUUUUCUUUUAAAAUGAGACAUACCAUCCAGAUGUCAGGAUUAUUGGGAAUCCAUUAUAAUAAUUUUACAGUAAUUCACUAGUAUGUGGUAUUGUAUGUAUAGGCCUUAUUUGACAGGUGACUUCAUAAAACUGCACAGAAAUGUCAAUAUGCAUGUCCAUGUUUUUGAUGUUUAUAAAAGUGACAUAGCUUUCAUACCCAAAAGUGUGAUACUGAAUAACAUGUGUAUGACUAGCAAUAGUCUUGAUGGAAAGGAAGGUUAUUUUAGUAAUGAGAGCAGCAAAAAAAAUAAUCCCAGGAAAAGUGUAGUCAAAAUCUCUGUAAUGCACAUUUGUUUUGAUUAAUAGAAAUUUCCACUGCAAAUAUUGUUGUUCUUAAAAUUUGGAAUUAGAUUUUUUUUUUUAAACUUCUGUAUUGUCAAAGAAGGGAAACAUUUUUGGAAGAAAUAUGUAAAUUAAUCCCAAAGUCUUACAUGUAUUUAAAUGUACCAUUCCUAAUAAAAUCAAACCUUUUUCUGGCUUA